AAUAGCAUGAGCAUCGUCGCUGGGAGUGAAUAUAGUUGCUGUGAGGUGGGCAGAGCCGUGCCUUCUGGACAGGAUCCAUGCUUCACCAAAAGUGUGUCUUAUCUUCAGCCUGCAUGUUGAAACAUCCUGGAUGCUCUCAGCAAAUAACCACAGAAACAAGUGCCUGAGAGCAGCUACAACAGGAGGAUGGAGUCAAAGGCAGACCUGGAGUCUGAGGCCCAGGCUCCGGACAACAGUCAGGUGGAGACUCUGGACACGUCGGGGUUCGAGGUCACCGCCGACCGGCUGGAGCAGCUGAUGAAGAGCAUGGAGGUGCUGCUGUCGGACGUGGAGCAGCUGCGGAGCCACUGCAGCCACCAGGCCACCGAGCUGAUGCGCGCGGCGGUGGACCUGAGGCAGCAACAAGAAGAGCUGAAGCAGAGUUACUCGGAUCUGUCCAGAGAAAUGCAGGAGAUCAUGGACACAGUGGACGACCUGCUCAGCACCAAGAGUGCCUUUGAAGCCAAAGAGAAGCAAGCACAGAAACUGAACCGGCAGCUCUGAGGGACGCAAAGCGUCUGACGGACUUUGCUUCUCGAUGAGGAGAAAACCAGAACUGUGGGGGGUUGGUGGUUUUGGAUUUGGAUGUGUGAGUCAAAACUUGAAUUUGGGUUUGGACGUGGAGUGAGAUGCUGAGGUUUUCAUGGUUUGACACAAUGCUUCAAUUAGAUUCUUAACUGGCUUUAUAUGAACUUUUGUUUUGCAACUUUUUAGGUCUAAAAAUCCACCCAUGCUUCAACUCUAACUGCUUAUUCUUUCCACUGAAAAGCAAUAUGUAGAAUUCAUGAUUGUGUAUCUUAAUACAAUGCAUUAGGCAACAACACAGCUUACAGCUUCAACAAAAACCACAAGUAUGAAUAAAUACCUCGCUGUCAUAGUUUUAAUAAAACAUGAACAUUAUGAGCUUGACAAGGGUGCAAUUUGUUGCAUUGCUUCCAUGCACGGCUGUCAUGCGCUGCUGUCUUUAUGCAGGCUAUGACAAGACCGUGCAGAGGUCCAACCUGUGCUGCGUGUCAACAAGUGAUUUACUCUCACUUCUGCUGUCAUCGGGCUUUUUUCCUGCCCACCCACGAACAAACACUCGGGUAAUGUUCAAGGAUGAGAGAGAGGAAAAAGUCAUGAUUUUCCAUCACCAAGGUAUUCUGUGUUGACGGUAAAAUACGUCUCCUCCAGCUUCAGUGUUGCUCUUUGCUGGUGGCUGUUGGUGCAUCCUCCAUAUUCCCUUCCCAUCCGAGCCACGCUUCGCUGUGGUUUCUCACUAAAAUAAACCUAAAUAGAGCCUUAGGGUGCUCUUCACCUCCCACCAGCUCCUCUUCUGUGACUUAUUGGUCUGUAUUUAGUGGUUAUGGGAUGUGUGAAAGGGACAUUCAGCGGCCAGCAACCUGAGAAAAAAAAUCAACGGGAAAUUUCAUAGCUUCGUCCACCCUCAAGGCUCAUUUUAGAGGGUUUCUUAUGUGAAGGCUUUAUGAAUAUUAUUACUUUAACCUUUUAAUGCAUGUGUGCAGCCAUUAAAUCAUGUGUACCAAAAUACUCUCUUUGUCCUCUUCUAUUUUGGACCAAACAAUGAUUUUACUCAGUUUUUGCACAGAGGCACAUUUCUGUUUUUGAUGAUUUCUGUAACACAUUUAACACGUGGCUGCUAUAGCGAAAAGACUUAACAGCUUUAAAACUACAACACGAGCAGUCUCGCAGCCUGAGGGUCUUAACUGCAAACACCCUGUUCCAAACAGAAGAAAUCACAGCUUAUAUUCAACGUCAGAAAAAGAACGGAAAAAAGCAGUUUCUCUGUAUGGCUGAAACCUGACACUUUAUGGGUUGUGGUGUUGGUGAGCAGAAAGGGUGAGGAGAUAGAAAGCUGGGUGUCAGUGCCUACUUUCACUACUGAGGUGCACACCCCUCUGGACUGCUGGCCGACCAGCUGGGAAUUCACUUCAGCAAGGUAAGACAGCAGAAUCUGGUGACAUUUGUUAUUAGCUGUUUAAUCCAUCCAGGUGAAACAAGUUGCACCUUCAGUGCAUGCAUUAAAAAAAAACAUUCGGAAAGAAAUCAGCAAGUAAGUAAGUAAUUUAUGUGUAAUCUCAUACACAUACAUGUAAUAAAUAUAAGUACUUGAAUUGAACUUUUAGUUACUGAGUUGCUUUUCUCAUCAGUAGAUCUGCAGUAGCCUUUGGUGAACAUGAACAUCCUGCAAGUCCUGGGUCUCCUACAGCUGCUGGCUGGACCCGCUUUCACUCUGACACGACCAACCCAUGACUACUGGGGAGAGUUUGGAGCCUAUGGGCCCUGCAGUCGCACCUGUGGCACAGGAGUUGCAAUGAGAACCAGGAAAUGCAUCACUGCAAGGACAGAUGGAGGACAUAACUGCAUAGGAUCCUCCAAGUCCUUCAGAACCUGCAACACGCAGGAAUGUCCAGUUGGAUCCAGGGACUUCAGGGAGGAGCAGUGCUCCCAGUUUGACAGAAUGGACUUUCAGGCAAAACGCCACACAUGGGUGCCUUAUUAUGGAGGAGCCAAUCCAUGCGAGCUGACCUGUGUCCCAAGAGGACAGAACUUCUUCUACCGGCACAGACCUGCAGUGGUGGAUGGGACGCCCUGCUAUGUGGGCCGUACUGACAUCUGCGUUGAUGGCAUCUGCAGGACACUGACCCACGGAGAGUUUAUGGGGUUGGAUGACGACCCCAAUUCCGUACACUCUGCUGCUCCUGUUGUUGUUGCUCCUCAUCCAAGGGAGACACUCACGUACAUCUACAAAACUGGUGUCUACAGCGAGUGCUCUGCCUCCUGCAACGGAGGCAUGCAGUAUCGCAGCGUGGAGUGUUGGGCUCAGGAUCCGUCAAACCCCCAUGUGGUCGAAGAGUCUUACUGCAUUACCCAGCGUCUGCAGAGGCCACAGAGCCAGCAGGCCUGCAACAUGCAUCCCUGUGCUGCUGAGUACACUGUCUCCAGCUUCAGUGUGUGCUCAGUGACUUGCGGGGAGGGCCAGCAGACCAGGGAGGUGAUCUGUGUGGGCUCAGGAGGCGAACGUCUGGCUGACCAUGCCUGCAGUGGACUGGCAAGACCUCCUUCAGUCCAGACGUGCCGCAGACCUGCCUGCCACACACACAUCACCUGGCACGUGACUGACUACGGACUGUGCACUAGAAGCUGCGGUGGAGGAGUGAGGGAGAGAAGGGUGGGCUGUUUUGAUACAGAUUUGAACCCCUACCCAGAGGCUCGGUGUGGACUAGCUAGCAGGCCCGUUUCUGUGGAAGCAUGCAACUCGCAGUCCUGCCCCGGCGCACAAAUGGUCCCAAGUGUACAGGACCCAAGAGCACAAGAGAACACCAUGAGAGGAUUUGUGCCCCAUGUUCCAGGUGACCCUUCAGCUUCCAGGCCACAAACAAACAUUGCAUAUGAGCCCUACCCUCCUGUGAUUGGUCCUUACUGUGCGCAGUCAUUCUAUGGCUGCUGUCCUGACGGCCAAACCUCUGCCACGGGUCCCAGGAACGAGGGCUGCUCCCAAGAUGACUGUGUUCGCACCAGGUACGGCUGUUGUUUGGAUGGAGUGACUCGAGCUCAAGGAUUCGGAAGGGCUGGAUGUCCUGAGUACCAGACAACUGUGCAGACUGUGCAUACACCACCACCUCGUGCCUCUCCACCCACUGGUAGCGUGUGUUCUCUGCCCCGUGAUGAGGGCCCCUGCGAUACCUGGAAGGUCCGCUUUUACUACGACGCAGGCACUCGCAAGUGUACCGAGUUCUGGUAUGGAAAUUGCCAGGGCAAUGGCAAUAACUUUGUGUCCCUGGAAGAAUGCCAGAGAGAGUGUGGGGGUGUGGUGAGGCAGCCCCCUCCUGCUCCUCGCAGAGAGACCCCAAGGAGAGGGUCACCCAGGGGUGCUCUGAGGGCAAGAGCAUAACCAUGCUUGCCACUAAUACCUCCAAAUCAUGGGAUAACCAGAGUGCUGUCUUUAUGAAAUGAAUCAUGAUAUCUGUACACAUGAAGUAGGCCCUAUUUACAUACAGUAUAUGUACGUAUAUGAAGACUCACACAAACGUGCAUUGUUAAACUUAAAGCAUUCCACUUUUCAUUUAAACAUCGGACUUACACUAAAAAUUAUCUAGAUAGCUUCACUUUAGAACUGCCAAGAUUCCAGCUCAUGGUUCUGAUUUUGAUAUGUUCUUGGUUUUUGGCCUGUUGUUUCUGAUUCUCAGUUCAUUCAUUUGUGUAUUUUUCAUUGUAGAUCAGAACAAAAAUAAAAUAUUGUCAACGUGACUACGCAAGUUAAGUCGUAAAGCUAUCCAAUAAAUUUUCAGCUAUUUGGUAACCUUGAAAAAAAAACUGGGGUGGUUUCUCUGUGUCUCCAUCUGCUCUUGCAGGUUUUCCAAAAUGCACUUUGCUCUAAUCUGACAAUCCUUUUUUAAACUAUUGAUUAUUUUUUAGAAAACACAAUAUUGGUGU